AUGCUGCUAAGUAAACUAGAUGGUGACAGUGUGCUGCUAAGUAAACUAGAUGGUGACAGUUUGCUGCUAAGUAAACUAGAUGGUGUCAGUUUGCUGCUAAGUAAACUAGAUGGUGACAGUAUGCUGCUAAAUAAACUAGAUGGUGACAGUAUGCUGCUAAAUAAACUAGAUGGUGACAGUUUGCUACUAAGUAAACUAGAUGGUGACAGUUUGCUGCUAAGUAAACUAGAUGGUGACAGUGUGCUGCUAAGUAAACUAGAUGGUGACAGUUUGCUGCUAAGUAAACUAGAUGGUGACAGUAUGCUGCUAAGUAAACUAGAUGGUGACAGUUUGCUACUAAGUAAACUAGAUGGUGACAGUAUGCUGCUAAAUAAACUAGAUGGUGACAGUGUGCUGCUAAGUAAACCAGAUGGUGUCAGUUUGUUACUAAGUAAACUAGAUGGUGACAGUUUGCUGCUAAGUAAACUAGAUGGUGACAGUAUGCUGCUAAGUAAACUAGAUGGUGACAGUUUGCUACUAAGUAAACUAGAUGGUGACAGUAUGCUGCUAAAUAAACUAGAUGGUGACAGUGUGCUGCUAAGUAAACCAGAUGGUGUCAGUUUGUUACUAAGUAAACUAGAUGGUGUCAGUUUGUUACUAAGUAAAUUAGAUGGUGAUAAUUUGGUGCUAAGUAAACCAGAGUGA